AAUCCAUAAUAUUACUACAUUACCCUCUAGUCUCACAUUUUUUUCCUCCUUUUUCCUUUGUUCCCUUAUUCGUCAGUCGCGCACACACACACCCUAUUCCUUCUUUUCUUCUCUUCCCAAUUCCCAAUUUCACCGCACCCCAGAUUCUCUCCUUCGCCUCUCUCUGCGUCUUCCCUCACCAAAGUUCGAUUCUCUUUCAUCAGAUCCGCAACAUCCACAUCGCCAAAACCCCUCUUUCUGCUAUAUCCAUGACGCUUGGCUCAGCAGGAUCCAGUGUCGUGGUUCCUAGGAACUUCAGAUUGCUGGAGGAACUUGAGCGCGGAGAAAAAGGUAUUGGAGAUGGCACAGUUAGCUAUGGAAUGGAUGAUGGAGAUGACAUUUACAUGCGCUCUUGGACUGGAACCAUCAUCGGCCCCCACAAUACUGUUCAUGAGGGAAGAAUUUAUCAGUUGAAGCUGUUCUGUGACAAAGACUACCCAGAAAAGCCCCCAAGUGUUCGGUUUCAUUCAAGGAUUAACAUGACUUGUGUUAAUCAUGAAACUGGAGUGGUUGAACCAAAGAAAUUCGGCCUUCUCGCAAACUGGCAAAGAGAGUACACCAUGGAGGACAUACUUACCCAGCUGAAGAAGGAAAUGGCCGCCCCUCAUAACCGGAAGCUUGUCCAGCCACCGGAAGGCACCUACUUUUAGCGUCCAAGGUCGCAUAUAGAUGUCGGGAUCAUAUUGCAUUCGCAGUAUGCAAUAUAUAGUGUUUGCCUUUUGUGGAUCAUUCUGAAUUCAAGAUCAUAUUUAGGGGAAUGCCCCCCAACCUCCCAAAAAAAAGCUUCAUAUUUUCCCUCCCAUGGCUUCAGAGUUGUUUUUAAUUGUCUUUGUUAACUGUGCUGAAGGGGAUGCUGUUUGAUUAAAAAAACAAAAAAUCAAAACUGUGUGUGUCAAAUAUUGAAAGCAACUCUUUUUAAGUAGUAAUGUUCCCUUCGGAUUAAUGCUUUCAAUUUUCUGCUU